AAACGGUGCUCCUAAAAGUCAAAGACAGAGCUCAGCAUAAAGAAGAAAGACAAAGGAACCAAGACUUGUUCACUGAUCCAGUUCCUCUGAUGACCACUCAUGAAGUCUGAUUGCUCUGUACAUCUUACCUUGCUUUGAAAGGACAUGGAAAUCCAGGACCAAAGAUAAAAAAUUACUACAGAUAAGAGGGCAAUUCAUCUGUAACACUGAAAUGUAUUUUUUGUAAUAAUUUUUUUUAUCACUUUAUAAUUGUUAAUAAAAUGCUGCACAUUGAACUGGAAGAAAUAUGGAGAACCUCCGUUCCAGGAAUGGAUGACGGCAGUUGGAAAAGUAGCGGCAUUUGAAAGAAUGUCAAAUAGGACGCAGGACAAGACGGAAACAUAUCAUAUGAAAUGGAGCAAAUACCUGGAAUCUUUAUAUCUCAAAGACUAAAGGCUAAGAGGAUUCACACUGAAAAGACAAUGAUCACAUACCUUAUGUAUGUAUGUGUGUAUAUUAUAAAUAGACACCUCUGUGUAGAUAUUUAUGCUGUAUGUAUAUAUUAUAUACAUGGAUACUUAAAGUUGAUGUGUGUGAGAUAAAAGUCACAAUAUCAAUAUGAAGACCCCUUCUGGUUAUGGGUGGGUAAUUUACCGAUGCUCUAAUGUUAGUAUUUGAUGUGUGAUGUGAUAUGUUUGGAAAAAGUUAAUAAAAAAUGCAAGUCAUAAAAAAAUGUUGCACAUUUGUCUUUCUCUCAGUCACAUCGUUAUUUGUCAGUGAGUGAAACUUAACGCUGUGCCGCUUGUUAUCACUUUCCAGCAGCUGUUUGUAUUUUGCUAACAGUUGAUAGGCUGUGGGGAAAUUAAAACUGGCUCUGAGCUAAUGUUCUCCCUGUUACAAACAUAAACAAAGUCAGUUAGACGUGUGUUACAGAGUUCUGAUGAGCUUGAUGGAGUCCAUGAAUGAAGAUGGACGUGUUUGUGGUGUUUCUGAUUCUUGUACACGCUUCCCAGCAUGCACUGGCUGUUGUGGUGCAGGCGUAUGAGGAGGAGCCGUCCACCCUGCUGCCCUAUCAGUUUUAUGACCAUUUUACUAUGAUGCCUGAAGACCCCAUAGUAUCUUGGAUUCACAGUGAUCUCAAUCCCAAAAUUAUCCAUCAACUUAACGAUGAUGGUGAUGAUCUUAAAGAGCAGAAUGAACAUUACAAAGGACGCACAUCGAUGAAAACUAAUGCUCUUGACUCUGGAGACUUCAGCCUCACUCUGAGAAAACCACAAAUAUCAGACAGCGGCAACUACACCUGCACCAUCUGGACGGGAUUCAAUGAGCUGAGAUUAACAGAAAUACAGCUGCAGGUCAAAGAUGAUCAGAAGGUGGUGGAGGCAGACGAGGGGGUGGAGUCUGUCAGGCUGCCCUGUAAAACGUCACCUCAUCUGCCUGAAGACACCAGAGUGGAGUGGACUCAUUUUUACUCAGAAAGGGUGGAGGUCCAUGUGGUCCACGUGUAUCAGAAUAAGAGUGAUGACCUUACAACACAGGACCGGUCUUAUUGUGGACGCACAGAGAUGAAUAAAGACCUGCUGAAAACUGGAGACCUCAGUCUGACCAUUAAAUAUCCCACAGACAGAGACAGAGGAACAUACAUCUGCACCUUCUAUGUGAAAGGAGACACCAUGGAACAGAGAGUAGAGCUACAUCAUGUCAUAGAGAAUGUUCCAUCCUGGAUCGUAGUUGUUCCUACUGUCAUUGCUGCUGUACUUAUCAUCACUGGAUUUGUCUUAUUUUAUAUUCAAGUAAAAUCAGAUGUAAAAAGAGUAGAGGUUGAAUCAGGGGUGGAAUCUGUCCAGCUGCCCUGUAAAUCAACCACAGCCUACCUAAUGAAGGACAUCAGAGUGGAGUGGACCGACAGAGACAACGACAUAGUUUACCUGUAUGAAAAAGGCUCUAGAGCCUCUAGUAAAGAGCACCAGGCUUGCAGAAGCAGAACAGAGAUGGAAAUAAAUCAGGUGAAAACCGAAGAUUUCAGUCUGACCCUGAAAUACCCCACAGAUAAAGACAACUACACCUACACCUGCACCAUCUACAGCAAUGAGAAUAAAAUCCUGCUGAAGAAACGAGUGGAGCUGAAGGUCAAAGUUUGUCAGGUGACGGAGGAGGAGGGGAAGGAGUUUGUGGUGCUGCCCUUCAUAACCCCACCUGAAUCGCUUGAUGGCGUCGAAGUGAGAUGGUUUUACUACAAAGAUAACGAACGCAAGGAGCUCCUUUUUUAUUCAAAGAAUUCUGUUGAACACCAUGAUGAUUACAGAAACAGAACAGAGAUGAAUGAAAACCCACUGGGAUCUGGAAACCUCAGUCUGACCCUGAAAGACCCCAAAGACACUGACAGUGGAAAAUACAGAUGUUAUGUUAAGAAAAAUAAUGACAUCAUCACAGUGAAAACGGUGCUCCUAAAAGUCAAAGGUCAGUAUUUAGAUACAGUUCAGAGGUUGUAGGUCCAUCAUCUGUGGUUUAUAUUCUGUCUGUGGUUGGCAGUGGUGGGUAAUCCCAGCUCCAUAGAGUAUAAACCCUGCCAUGUAUUUGUUCCAACCACUCACUGAACCAGCCCAUUUUGAUCAGCACAACUCCUCAUCCAGAUCAGAGCCCUAUAAAGAGAGUUAUGACACGCUUUGAUGUCGCCGCUCCGGUGAUCACGUGGUUCACGUAAGCCUGAAAAAGUCCAACCCAACUAAGCGCUCCCGUGUUAUUUCAUGGGAGAAACAGCAGUGAGCAUGGUCAAUCUCAAAAUAAACGACACACAACCGUUGUGUCACUUUGGGCUGGGUAAAAAAAAUCGAUUUAAUCGAUCUUAGAUCGAUCUCAUUUUAAUUUUGCGUAAUCGAUUAAUAGUGGAUGAGAUCGAUUUUUCAGAGCAGGAUUGGGAGUACGCGGAACCGGGGGUGGCUCCAUCUUGCGAACCCCUGGGGAAGACUUGGUCUCACUCUCGAAAAAGACGCGGAGGGGAACACCCCUCCUCUGGAGGUCCUCCGGCCUCAAACUCGAACCCGCAGUGUGAAGGAACUGGCCGCCCAGCGAGUCGCGCAACCCAGUCAUUGUUGGAAUAAUAACUUGGAUCCAUACUAUCACCUAUGGCUGAGUAUGGAGUUAGAGGAAUAGUAAAGCGACAAUGUCCGACUGCUACGCUACCGCCCCCAGCCCCGCUCCCCUCCGACCAACAAUCACCCCCACCCUCCCACCCCAUGUGUAGAAGCCUCCAGCC